AUGCACAGGGGAGGAGCAAACAUCUACCUGCCCGGCAGCCGGGAUUGGCCUCGCCUGCAGUACGGACCCACCGCCCCAUCUGCCGCCCCCCAACCAGCGAGCCGAGCGCGGAUGCUGCGCGGGCCGGCGCGGCUGCUCCGCGCACCGGCAGGACCAAGCGACUGCGCGGCUGCUGCUGCGCCAGAGCAGGUAACUUGCGACUUUCGGAGCUGCGACCGAAUCCAGGGAGGCGGCGGGGACGCGACCGACACCGAGCCCGGCGGCUGCGGGGCCGUCACCUCCUCGGGAAACGUCUUCGAGACGCUGGAGGAGACCGGAGACAUAGAGAGGCUCGGGAGGUUCCUCUGGUCGCUGCCGGCGGCUCCGGGGGCAUGCGAGGCCAUCAACAAGCACGAGUCCAUCCUGCGGGCCCGGGCAGUGGUCGCCUUCCACACGGGCAACUUCCGAGACCUCUACCACAUCCUGGAGAACCACAAAUUCACCAAGGAGUCCCACGGCAAGUUGCAGGCCAUGUGGCUCGAAGCGCACUACCAGGAGGCCGAGAAGCUAAGGGGUCGCCCGCUGGGGCCGGUUGAUAAAUACAGGGUGAGGAAGAAGUUUCCACUGCCCAGGACCAUUUGGGAUGGAGAGCAGAAGACGCACUGCUUCAAGGAGAGGACUCGCAGCCUCCUGAGGGAGUGGUACCUUCAGGACCCUUAUCCCAACCCCAGCAAGAAAAGGGAACUGGCUCAGGCCACGGGGCUCACCCCCACGCAAGUAGGCAACUGGUUCAAAAACCGAAGGCAAAGAGACAGAGCCGCGGCGGCUAAGAACAGCCCGCCCGGGAGCGCCUCCGCCCUGACAGAACGAGCCGAGACGGGCACGUCCAUCCUCUCGGUAACCUCCAGCGACUCGGAAUGUGAUGUAUGAUAGCGGAAACAAACAAACAAACAAAAC